CGCGGUCGCAGAGAUCACUAGUGCGCAGUGAUCGCGCCACUCGUAACGUUUAAUUUACCAGGAUGAAACUCUCAAUAGCUCUACUGCUCUGUAUAGCAGCCUGCCGAGCUGACGACAUCGCUUCAGCUGCGGGUCAAAUCUUCCAGAACAUUUUACCAAGCCUGAUCACUAACUCCGUUACCGGCCAGCAAGGUAACACCGGAACUAAUACGCUCCAGCAAAUAGGGACUGUAGUGGGUGGUGUGGUGGACUACGCCAAGAAAAAGAGCUAUGAAGACCUCUUGCGUCAAGUGCAGGAUCAAACCUCCGAUGAUGACCUGCUCAGAGUCAGCGAGGAAAUGUUCAACGCGGAUAUUAACAAUGCAAUAAACUAUAUUCAGGUCAAUUUGCAAGGCAAAACCACCCCUAUGUCUAGGAAUGAUGAAGCGCAAACUAACCUAUUGACGAUUCCUGAUAAUGUCUGGAACGGACCAACCAUCAGGCCGAUGGUGGCACUUUUUGAUAAUUACCACAAGAACGUAAUUAGACCAGAAUUCGUGACGCCAAAUGAAGAGACGGAGGUGAUCACGUACAUAAACACAAUUCUGGCGACUGGUCCGAUUAGGAGUCUAAUGACGUUCUUAGUCAGCAAAGGUCUGACGCAAAUGAACGAGUACAAUGAGCAAGUUGAACUGCUCAAAAAGAUCUGGUUCACGAAGUACGCGCGCCACUGGACAAGCUUGUGCAAAUGCAGUUGCGCUUUCGAAAACGUCUUUAUGGCCGAGCUCAAGUCGAACGACGUUCUGGGCCUUCACAGCUGGCUGUUCUUCGCUAAGCGGGAGCAGGAUCGGAAAGCCAAUUAUUUGGGAUAUAUCGACAAACUGGACUUGUCUGGAAAAGGGUUAAUCCUGAAGCAACACUCAAUCCUAAGUGAAACCAAGGAUGCGCCAGAAAUCAACAUGUUCGUGGGGACUUCCCCGGAGCUGGAGACUGCUCUAUACACGCUCUGCUUCAUGGCCAGACCGGACCGCCCGUGCAAGCUUCGUUAUAACAACGUGCCGUUCACAAUACAAACCAAAACGCUGAAGGCUGAUAACGUACUCGUUAUCGACACCGCUUAUCCAGUUUUUUAAUGUAACGUUAAUUAGAGCUAUUACUGUUUCUUAUCUGUGUUAAAAUUAGGGUUGCCAACCAUAUUCUAUUAUAGUUAGAUUAUUCUUAUAGUACAAAAAAUAAUGAGUAAUAUCUCCAUCAAAUAAUGUGGUAACUCUUAUUUCUUCCACAAUCUAUAUUACUAAUUAUAUUAUUUCCAUCAUGAUAAUAGAUAUUU